GUAAUAAGCUAGCGAGUGGCUAAACGUAGGUUAGCAUCCUUUCCCUUUCACCUGAAAAACUGAACAAAGGUCUUGUUGAAGAUAAAAAAAAAAUGACAUUCAAGCUCCUGCACCCUGAUGUGUAUCUGCCCUCUCUCUUCAUUUGCUGUAUAAGUGGGGGGUACAGUAAAGUCUCCAGCAGUAGACAACUACAAGACUUAUCUCUGUCACACAGCUUCUGGCUGAGCCAUACGACUGCUGGUUUAUCUGCUCCGACACACACCCUCUCACUGCGAAGUGUCACUCUGCCCCCCCUCCACCUCCAUUCCUGCUGACUCCUUGCUCACCCCUCUCCCAUCUUUAGCCUCCUCGCCUCCCUCCCCUCCCUGGAUGCCAGUAUAACUUCAAGACAUGGAGCAGACAACAGUAACACAACAACCAAAACUGUCACACACAAACACCUCAGCUUCAGCUCUUCAAGACGAGGAAGUGGUGUGCUACACUACUGGAAGUAAAUUUGACUUGAGGGCUAACAGUUUCCCUGCAGCGACAGACCCAGUACUCACACAGCCAGGCCUGGGUGUCACCACUACAACCAUCACCACCAUCACACAGACGGGAGGUGACUGGAGCACCAGCCUGUUUGACGUCUGUGGAGACAAAACUACAUGUAUCCUUGGGGCUCUGGUGCCAUGCUGUUUAGACCUGAGUUUAGCUCACCAGUAUGGUGAGUGUCUCUGUUUGCCCCUGCUGCCAGGAUCUACUUUUGCCUUACGGGUCGGGAUCAGGGAGCGGUACAAGAUACGGGGCAGUGUGUGUGAAGACUGGACUACAGUGUACUGCUGUUACCCCCUUGCUGUGUGUCAGAUGAUUAGAGAGAUGAAGAGGAGGAUGAAGACGCAGACGUAUCAGGUGUCCACUGCCCUUGAGUGCUCCUGAAGAGACUCUUGACAGUAAAUGAGUCCUGUCCUCUUACAAUUUUACAACCAAGACUGGCCAAGGCCAAAUGAGAUUACUGAUAUGAACUGCUCAAAGAAUCAAUACAAUAUGGCUUGAACUGACACUGAAAUUCCCCGGAGGAUCCCUUGGCGAAUGAACCAAGCCAGCGAGGACGGCAUUUGGUGAAUAGCAUUUUAUGUAGUGUAGUGAAAAGAGAUAAAAACUGGAUGGACCUCUGUUUAGAUGAAGAAUAAAAGUAGUGAUAAUACUCUUAUUUUGUACAAAGGCAAGAGUUCAUUAGCUACAAUUUAAGUUGGGUGAACAGCAGGUUGGAAGAUGCACUCUAAUUUGGUGUCAGAAGAUUUUUCUGACAACAAAGAAGUAUCAACCAUCUGGUACAACUCUUGAGCAGACACCAGAAACUUAAAGCAUCCAGUUUUCUCAAGUUCUGAAAAUACUGUAUCCCUUCUAAAAGAAGUGCUCUUAGCUACUGAAACUGUUGCAUUUGUAGCUUUUGGCAACACUUUAUUCAAGUGGGCCCUAAUUACCUAGUAUUUCUAUACUAAAGAGUGAUAAUUAAGCUAGCAAUAUCUCAAGAACAAGUUGUAAUUACCUUGUAACAGGUUGGCAAUUUACCAGGUAAUAACUUAGUAAUAUUUAGAGAGCAUUUACCUAUUAAUAAUGCAUUGCUUAUCAAGUUAUUCCUUGUAAUAUUGUGGCAAUUGGGUGAUAUUUUAUCCUAACCCAAAUCCUAGUGAUACUGUGGCAAAUCUUUGGUGAUUAGGUGGUAUUUUACCAAGUGAUUUUUCAAAAAUAUGAUGAUGAUUUUCCAUAUAAUUUUUUUUAGAUAAUUCCCAGGUGAUGUCUUUAAUUCGGCCAAUUAACUUCAAGUUAGUCUUUCCUGAAUAACUUUCAAAUAAUUUGGGGGGUUAGGUUUAGGAGGUAAGGGCUAGGGUAAAAUACCACCUAAUUGCUGGAGCAUUGUUACAAUAUUCCAAGGAAUUACCUGAUAAUUACCAAAGUAUUACUAGGUAAAUACUUCCUUAAUAUAACCAUAUUCCUAAGACCUUAUUUGGAAAAAUGCCAACUUUAUAACAAGGUUAUACUUUUUCUUGAGAAAUUAGUUGAUAAUGACCAAUAGUAAAAACAUAAUAAUGACCAAUAGUAUAAAAAUACUCGAUAAUAAUUAGGGCCCCCUAAAAUAAAAAGCUACCUAGCUUUUCUAUCUAAUCCUAAUCAGUAAAAAAUGCAGUGUUCUUAGCCCUGUUUUAAAUAUUUUAAUGGCAGUAAAUGGAAGAGUGGAUAGCCUGAUGGCAACAGUUCAUAUAAGCUAUUUCUCCUAAACUGGCCCAGAUAAAUGUAGAGAAGUGAUUAAGUUGAACCAAACCUUUAAUUUUGUCUUGGUUAUCAAAGGUCAGUAGACUCAUAGUCAUGUUAAUUCCCUUUCUUACCUGAAAGAUGGAUGUAUCAGUCUUUGCAAACUUCCAGGCACAGACUGUAGCUCAACAAGAGGGGCUAAUCAGGCCAGUAAAUCUCAUUUCAGUCUUUAAAUUUUCAAAUUAGAAGAACAGAAAUAAUCUAAGACAUAAUUUCGUUUCGGCAUUAAUGCCUCCAAGAGGUGUUGUAUUUAUUUCAGAGUAUGGUAGUCUCUGAGUCCUUUUAGUAUGCACAACUGCUUGUCUGAUUUUCUUUUUUUUUGGGGGGGGGGCAGUAUAACUCUGGCUGCAGUCAACAGUUCAAGCACAGUUCUGAGGAUAAUAAAGCCCAUUUCCAUAUUUCUGAUACCCCUUUUCGCCUUCAGUUACUUUGCUCACCUCAGGCAUUCAAUCAUAUUAUUGUACCAGUCCUGAUUGCCGUGCUUCCCUGAACCUGAAAUGCCAACCAGCACAGGAGCGGAUGUGGAAAAUGUUAUUCAUACACAAAGCAGAUGGGUCCUCAAAGGGCAAAUGUGUAAUUUGUUAACUCUUACAGAUGUGGGCCCCCACCUGGCGGCUGCAUGAAAUGGAAUGGGGAAAAGAGAAAAUGGGUUUUUGUUGAGAAAGAAAGAGAUGGGAAUAACAACACAGAAUCAUACUUAAUACACAAUAUGCUUCAUCAUUCAACGUGUAUGUCUGCUGAAUGGAAAUAAAUAUUCGU